AUGACGACCCGGACACCGAGCGCCCACUCGGCAGCGACUCUCCGCGACGAGGUGGGGAAACACGAGCUCCACACCGGCUGGGGACACAGUCAGGCUGGAGGGGAAUCUGGGCAGCAAUUGGACCAAGAAAGUGGAGCAGGUGAAUCAGUCCUGGUCUCGGUCUAUGUACAGCUGGACUUUUCAAAUGAGACCUGGUCGGCAGCACUCUCCAAGCCCCAGACUCUUCCCACUGCCUCGGCUUCCUCUUCCCUGGGAACCCUCACUGGCCUCAGCCUCACAACAGAGUGCAGUGUCAACCACGAUGGGUGUACCUAUUGUGCUUGCCUCUCUGGGUACCAGUGGAACAACAGUGUCUGCUCCCGUCACCAACCCUGCGAAACCCUCCUUGAGCACCGGCCUUGUGGCUGUCUUAUCUUCUGCCCUAAUGAAGCCGGGUACUGCCAGCUGCUGCCACCUGUCCCUGCAACCCUGAGCCUCAACUCCUGGCUGCAGAUGCCUGGCAGCACCCUGAACCUGACCCUUCUCACAAGCCAGGAGAUCACCAACCUGAAAUGGUUCCUGUGGCGCACGGGGAGCCCCAGCCCCAUCCUCCUGCAGGCAGGGACAUGUGUGUCCUUGACCUCCAGCCGGGGCCGGGCUCUCCUCAGCAUCGUCAACAUCACCUAUAAAUGGGCAGGUGAUUACAUGUGCUGCUUUGAGGCCCAGGGAUUCAGGUGGGAGCUGCACCAGAUGGUGAAGGUGUCCCUGCGGGAGACAGACGUGGCUCAGCUUCCAGACCAGCUCUCCAUCUCCUGUGCCUCCUCCCCUGGCUUCCAGCUGAGCUGCUGCAUCCCCAGCGAACAUCUGGGCUACACAGCUUCCUGGAGCCCUGGAGAGGGCAGUGAAGCCUCCUCAUUCAACACAUCGGACUCCCAGUGCUUUGUGCUGGCUGUUCAGCGCUGCCCUGCAGCUGACACCACGUACACUUGUGACCUGCAGAGCCCAGGACUGAGCCCUCUCAGGGUCCUCGUCUCUGUUACCACCAUCCAGGGUGGAGACACCACCUGCCCUGAGGACUCUUCAGCUGGUGCCUGGAACGUCACCAAGGCUGGCCAUGUGGCACAGGCCCCAUGUCCUGGGAAUAAGACGGGCACAGUGAAGAGGACUUGUAGGCCUGAUGGGGCCUGGGGGCCCAUCCAUAGCAGCUGCACAGACACAGGGCUCCUGGCCUUGCUUUAUAGAGCCCGGCUGCUGCUGGCAGGCCAGGGCUGGCCUGAUGAGGAGGUGCCACAGAUCCUGGCGCAGCUGCCUGACCAGGUAGUGGUGGUGACCUCACCCUCUGACUUACUAGCACUGGUGAACACCAUAAAAGUCCUGGCCAAAAUAGUGGCAAGUGCCAGAAUACAGCUCAACGGCAGUGCCCUGGAGGCUCUGCUGAAAACCACAGACAAGGUCCUUGACAUGGACGCCAGUUCCCUGUGGACCACAGCCCGGGCCCAGAUCUCCGCAGUGGGCUCCAAUCUCCUGCUGGCUGUGGAGACCCUAGCACGCAGUCUGUGCCGACAGGAUCACCCCUUCUCCUUCGGCUUGCCCAACGUGCAGCUGCAGACCCAGCUCCUCAGGCCCACACUUCCUUCCGACUAUAGAGUCUCCUUCUCUACUCAGCCCAUGCUGCAGGCGCACAUUCCCAAGCACUCACUGGCCCCACUGGGCCAUAAUGGAACCAACGUCAGUGUUACUAGCCUGAUGCUGCAAAAACUGGACCACUUUCUGCCUUCAAACUACGGACAAGGGCUGGGGGACUCCCUCUAUGCCACUCCUGGUCUGGUCCUUGCCAUCUCCAUCAUGGCAGGUGGCCAGAUCUUCAACAAGGCAGAGGUCAUCAUGGACUUUGGGGACACAAAUGGCACCCCUCACUGUGUCUUCUGGGACCACGAUCUCUUCCAGGGCAAGGGGGGCUGGUCUGAUGCAGGGUGCCAGGUGCAGGCAGCCAGUGCCAGCCCCACCACUCACUGUAUCUGCCAGCACCUCACUGCCUUCUCCAUCCUUAUGUCUAGACACACAGUUCCAAAAAACACCCUCCUGGAGCUGCUGGGUCAGGUGGGCUUGGGGGCCUCCAUUGUGGCCCUGCUUGUGUGUCUGGGUGUGUAUAGGCUAGUGUGGAGAUUUGUGGUGCAGAGCAAAGUUGCCUACUUACGCCAUGUGGCCCUGCUCAAUGUGGUGCUCUGCCUGCUGGCAGCAGACACCUGCUUCCUCGGAGCCUCGCUGCUUCCUCCAGGGCCCCACAGCCCACUCUGCCUGGCCACCGCCUUUCUCUGUCAUUUCCUCUACCUGGCCACCUUCUUCUGGAUGCUGGCUCAGGCUCUGAUGUUGGCCCACCAGCUACUCUUUGUCUUCCAUCAGCUGUCCAGGCACCGAGUACUCUCCCUGAUGGUGUUCCUUGGCUACCUGUGCCCGAUGGGGUUUGCAGGUGUUACCCUGGGCCUCUACCUACCCCGAGGGCAAUACCUGGGGGAGGGGGCAUGUUGGUUGGACAAGAAGGGAGGAGUGUUCUACACCUUCGUGGGGCCAGUGCUGGCCAUCAUGGGUGUGAACGGGCUAGUACUAGCCAUGGCCGUGCUGAAGCUGCUGAGACCUUCGCUGUCAGAGGGACCCCAGGUGGAGAAGCGUCAAGCCCUCCUGGGAGUGAUCAAAGCCCUGCUCAUUCUCACACCCAUCUUCGGUCUCACCUGGGCGCUGGGCCUGGCCACUCUGUUAGAGGAAGUCUCCAUAGUCCCCCACUACCUCUUCACAGCUCUCAAUACCUCCCACGGUGUCUUCAUCUUAUUGUUCGGCUGCCUCAUGGACAGGAAGGUUCAAGAGGCUUUGCGCAAACGUUUUUGCCGCUCCCAGCCCCUCAACUCCACCAUCUCCCUGGCCACAAAUGAAACCUACAUCCCAUAACACAGCAAAGGAAGAAGUGAAGAAACCGGUGAGGAUGAGGCUUUCUCGGGAGCAGUGUGAGAAGCACGGAGUGAGGAUGAGUGUACAAAGGGCUUUCCAGCAGAGCUCUACAAAGAAAACGCCUCUUCAUAUACCCGCCCUGACCCACAGGGUGGAGAACAGCCUUCUCCAGGUGGACAUUCCCAGGUGAGCUGAAGGAGUGUGGAGGCCUCGGAGAGAAGAUGGCAUAGCAUCUUCUACUGCCUUCCCAGAAAGCUGCAGUGUCACCACCACCACCCCUUGACUCAGUUCACUCUGAAAAUUCCUUUUCACACUAGCAUUAUUUUUAGAUAGCCUGAAAAACCCAUGUUGUGGAGGAAAUGCCAUUGGUGGUUCUGGUAACCGGAGGGGAGAGGAGCCCACAGAGGCUUCAGGGCGAGCUUUUUCACAGGAAAGACAAAAGUUUUGAGUGACCCACAUAUGAUGACAGAGUCGAGGUGUGUCCUUGAAGCCACCAGGAUGAGUCCUGGCCAACGCUCUGAACCCUUCCUGGCCCCAGAGCUCAGCCCUUGGGAAAGACAGGCUUCUGUUUCCGUUAGUCACACUCAUUUUUCUCAUUUACCUGUCCCCACCCUUGAACUAUCCAAGCAAGAAAAGCAUGGAAAAACUAGCUAAAGUGAACUAAUGAAUAAGCAUGGCUUUUCUGUAAAAAUAAUUAACAGAUAUCAAAGUUCAAAAUAAUUGCAAGUAAAACCUGUCUUAACAGUUUUCAUUAUUCAGUGAUUUCUUUUCUCAUUAUUUCUUCCCUAUAAUUACAAAGAAAGGAUGGCUUAAUUGACAGGAAUUCUGAUCUUCCAGACACUGGAGGCAAAGAGCAGAAUUUGGUUUGUUUCUUUUCAAAAUUUAGGAAAAGGUGAAAUUAACAGAUCCCUCUUUCUUUAACCUCUAUGACACAUUAAUCCAAAAUGUAAGUUUCAUAGAGGUAUGCUUGUAUGUAAAGUUACUGAUACCAGCACAAUUUUAAGAAUGUGGUAUAAAUUUUAAAGUAGAAAGUUAUCACAGAUGGCCAGGAAUUAUGAAGAAAAGAUGACAAAUAUUGACAUUUAAAAGUGACAGGAUCAGGGGAGAGUAUAGCUCAAGCACUAGAGCACGUGCUUAACAUGCACAGGGUCCUGAGUUCAAUCCCCAGUACCUGCUCUAAAAAUAAGUAAACCUAAUUACCUCCCCCACCCCUGCCAAAAUAAAAUAAAUAAUGCAAUGAUAAAUAAAAGUGACAGGAUCAAGCUAAGGCUAGAUAUAGAGAAGAAAUAUUUAAGAAAAGACUUUAGAGGGCAUCAAGAUGCCUAGAUGGAUUAACUUAUGGAAUCU